AAGUGAUACUCAAGCUCAGGCUUGCAACUUAAAACCAACUUACACAAGCAGCUUAUCGCCAUCAUGGUGUCCUUUUUGCAGGUUGUGGCAUCCAUUCUCCCAGGUGCCAUUGCGGGCACAUCUAUGCCUACCACCCUCAACAUCACGGUCAUCGGCGCCCGAAACAACCAGUCGACCCUGGAAUGCUGGUCACUCGAACCGGGCUUCGCUUCAUCAACUCAACCAGGUAUUGCAGGCAGCGCUUCGCUCACCCUAGGACCUGUAGGGGACAACGCGACCUACACUAUUGUUCCUGCUCAAUUAGAUGGCGGGAUACACAAUGCUCCCGUGAGACAGUGGGUGAUUUUCCUCUCUGGACUGGCGCAUAUCACUUUGCCGCAUUCAGAUGACGAGGCCUGGAUUCUGGGGGGCAAGCAUGGGAUGAUCUUGGCGUUGGAUACGGCGGAUGUUAGCGCGGAUGGGCAUUAUACGGAGUAUCCAAGUGAUGAAGUGACGGUUGCAAUGGCUGUGCCUUUAGGGGAUGAGGAACCAGCGCAUCGAGUGUUGUAUCAGGGUGCUUGUAAAGCGACGGAGGUUGAUUUUUGAAUGAUGGUUGAUUGCGUUGCUCGGGAAAGAGAAUAUAUAUUUAUCAUUCCACCAUGCAGAUCAGUCAUAUUUGGCGAGCAAGUCAUGAUCAGAUAGUUUAGAACUCGUAUGACUCUCAUUUGCGGGAUGAUCAGGGCCAGAGGAAUCUUGAGAUUAGGUGC